AUGGAUUAUGCAAGUGAAAGGAAUUUUAAUCGCACGCUUUUUGUGUUUGGUGAUGUUAAAACCUGUGCUAAAAAUGAAAUUUAUGAUUUAAAUUAUUUUAAAUGUAGUUCGUGUAAGAAAAUUGGUGAAAAUUUGCAAACCAAUAAAGACAAAUUUUCUUGCGGUUGCAAAACCUCAUCAUCACCAACAUCUGUAACGGUCUAUGACACUAUUAAGCCAUACAUAACCUGUCAUAACAUAUGCAACCUAAACCCAAAGCAAAUGCAACACAAAAUAACGAACACCACCACUGAACUAAUUGAGCAAUAUUGUUCAAACAAUCUAACCAUUCUUCCAAAAUUAAAUUGUAAAUUUAAAUAUAUUAAUCGUACAAUGAUGACCACCACAUCAACUCAAGCACUGGGUGAAUACUCUCGAAGAAUUGAAGUGACCUUCAUCAAUUGGCAAUACGAUGGAUUAUGCGAUGAUUGCAACAUCCAGUAUAACUUUCACUAUCAAGACUACUGCAUUGCAAAUGGCCUGCUGAGACCUUAUUUAAGUUACAAUUCCUUUUGGCAAGCAACGACCUCUAAUCAACAUUUUGGUGACUUGAAAUUUGUGGCCUUCUUUUGUAUGGGUCUUCAUAAUCAAACGGCAUGCAAUCAGUUGGCCAAUUUAUGUGUUUUGUCCCAUUAUGCACACGAUAAGAAUUCGCCCUGUAGUAAAUUCCUUUUAAAUCAAGCCACCGAUUUAGUCUACCGAUAUGGCAGUGGGGAUGAACUAAUGGCCCAACAACAAAUGAAACCAUUUCUUUACUAUAGCAAGGGUAAAGAAACGUUGGCGGAGUUGGGAGCGCCGAUUAAAGGUUUAAAAUACUCUAUGGAUAUGAAAAAGGCAGCACAUAAUCAUUUGAAAUUCUUUGUAAAUACGUACGGCUUAGAUGGCUCCCUGCUGCGUUGGGGUUCUUUAAAAUUAAAUGAUUUGAAUUUAUGCCCCCAUUAUGAAAACAGUUGGAGUUUUGUUAAUUUUCUACGAUUUGCUUACAAGUAUGUUGCAAUUGAGUGUUCAUUGACAUUGGAAGAUCUUGUUGAUUUGGCAAAGAUUUAUGACAACAAUCGUUUCAUAAGUUUAUUUUUAAAUUUCACCAGAAAUGAUGGCAAUGAUGGGAUAUUUUUGCAAACCAUACCAAUUUUAAUAGAAGAUCUUAUGCCGGAAAAUAAGCGCCUACAAAAAGAAGAAUGGCAACUUGUUAAACGUUUCCAAUUAAUACAAUUUCACCAUCGACAUGGUGCAUUGGCACCAAAAGCACCAGCACGUUAUGAAGACUCUCACAAAUUGCUACUUUUCAGAUCGUUGCGUUAUGCUGAUAAAAUAGAACUUCACUACGAUAUUCACGAAAACAAUCGAAUAUCUGUACCCCUGCUUAAGCUGCAUUAUCGUCACAUUGAAUUCACCAACAAUACCACGCUAAAUACUCAAUACAAUUUCAAACUCAGCAUAACCUAUGAACGUAUAAGGGCGACAGCUAAAGGAGAAUUGGUUAAUGAAAUAGUGCUGCCAUUAUCUCUACUCUUGGCUCUGGUGACAGCCCUCUUUAAAGCCAAUAACACCCGGAAAAGACGUUCAUCGUGUGGUAGCACAUCAUCGUCUACGCCUCUGACAGCAGCUUCACAAAAUAACAAUGAUGAUUUUUGUCAUUUUACCUUUUUCACCGAAUUCCUAUUGCAUUUGAUUUCCUAUAUGGCAUUGGCCUUUUUAGUGUGCUUUCUUUUACAUGUUUUUAUGAAUUCUUUAACAUUUUUAAGCCAAGACAAUGUGGAGUUGACAUUGCCCAUUGUUAAGGAUCAACGUUCGUUGGAAUUGAUUAUAUAUGCAGCAUUGAUUUUAAAGUUGAUUUAUAUGUGUAUUUACUUUUGGCGCUUAUCACAUUUUCAUAUCUUCUUUAUUGACUGGGAACGUCCGCGUUGCGGUGAUACGAACCAUUUCAAUUUGAAAAAUAAUCUAGAAACGUCUUCCGUUUGUUCGAGUGUUCGAACAUUUAUUAGUGAUUCAAAUGUUUCGGCGUGGCGCAGCAUUUUAUUGGCCAACGAAUGGAUACAGUUAAGUGGAAAGCAGAAGACUUCAAAAAUCUUACAAGGACUGACAAUGGUGGUGGUAGCAAGGUUUCUAAAUAUUGACAUCCUCAGUCACGGCGAUGCAACAUUGAAAAUCUUCUACAUAUCCCUUCUAUACCUCCUAAUCUACAUCUGCCAGUAUGUGGUUCUUAGCCAAAUUCUUACACGCUUCACAGGCAAUCCAAUACAAAAAUACAUUGAACACUGUUCCCUGGCAAAUAUUUCAGUGUUUACGCUGAUCGAACCUUCAUUUGGUUUUUAUAUACAUGGACGUUCACCGCAUGGUUUUGCUGAUUCCGAUAUCACCACAAUGAUCAUGCAGCUGCAGCGUGAAACUCACAGUAUUUGUGGACGUCGUGGUCUUUUAAGUGAUACGGAUCAGUGUUACGUGAUAAUGCCACCAAAAAAUUUAAGUAAUUAUUUUGAUAAACUACUGCUGCCGUAUCAAAGAUCAUUUGGUGGUGCUGUGGCGGGCGGAGGAGUGGGUUCAACAGGUACACACUUUCAAAAAGAGAUAAACACUAUUGAAGGCACUUUGGAGAAGACUUCAAUUGCGUAUUGUAGUGUUAAUCGUUUCUUUUGUGCCUUUAUUGAUCAUGGAAUUAAGGAUAUGGAUUAUAUAAUUAAGGAGAAGACUAUUGUUGAGCGCUUAUUUGAUUGUGAAUUUGAGAAUUAUUUGACUGAUAACAAGGGUACAUUUUAUAUCGACACAAGUUUUUCAUUUACCCAAAUGUUUCUUUAUGGCAACGAAUUGCAAGUGUUUAUAUUGGAAUUCCUUUUGCUUCUGGCAGUUUAUAUUAUCUUUACAAAUCUCUUGGCAGCUGUUAUUGCAGUUUGUAUUUUUAAUAAGAUAUUCCAAUCGUUUUAUCGCUAUGCUGUUAAAGAGAAUAUUUCAAAUAAGACUUUAAUCGAUAAACGUUUUUUAAUGUAAAAAUUUAAUUAUGUACUUGAAAUUAUUUUGUUUUCUUUUUUAAAAUUUCUUUCUAAUAAAAUAAUAAAUUUGAAAUAAAUUUUAGUUUAAAAUAAAA